AUAGUUCACGACUAAAACGUGCAUUAUUUUCAUUUAUCGUGUGUUAUUAUGGUAAUACCUAACAGGUCUUAGGUAUCUAUUUGAUAUUUAUUAAGUAAAUAAACAGAGUCAUUCCUUAACGACUAAUACGUUUUGUUAUCUGAAUACUUGUAGCCUGAUCUUAAUUAUUUUGCUUAUAAAAUUUAUUAAAAAUGAGUACAGAAAAGCCAGAACUACGAAUUGCAACAUAUAUGUGUCCAACUCAUCCAGUUCAAUUAUACGAAUUAAUUAUGGAAUUAUUAGAAGAGGCUUUAGAAUGCUAUACAACCUUACAAUAUGAAAGUAGAAAACCUGGACCCUUCACGGAUCGUCCUGAUCCUUUUAUUAAUGAUAAAGUGGACUUAGCUUUCAUGACUGCGGCUGCAUAUAUGAAGCUUCGCAAAGAAAACAAUCCAUCAGCGGACCUGCUAGCUGUGACGCCUGUUUUUGCUCACCAGAUGAACGUUAAUAAUAAACCUGGAUACUUCUCUGAUAUUAUUAUUCACAGAGACAAAAAAGCACAUAACGUAAACACUUUAUUGGAUCUCCGUGGAUGUGCUUUUGCCUAUAGCGAUGAAGAGUCACUAAGUGGAAGUAAAAUUGUACUGAAAACUCUCAAGGCAAGAGGAGAAAAUGCUUCAUUCUUUGGAUCUCUGUUAAAAUCUGGGUCGCACUUAGCGUCAGCUCAAAUGGUCUUAUCAAAGCAAGCUGAAUGGGCUGCUGUUGAUUCAACGACGCUACUUUACACAAAAAAAUAUAUGCCCGAAGGUGGAAGGGACAUAAUACUGUUGGAAACAUUGGGCCGUCUCCCGCCAUAUCCUAUAGUCGUAAAUAGGAAACUAAAUGACAAAAUUAAAACCGCCAUAUGUGAUGCUUUACUCAAUUUACCACAAACUGAGAAGUGGAAGAAUAAAUUCGCAACAUUUGGUGUAUUAAAAUUUGAUCUGAACCAUGUUGACAUCUACGAUGGGCCAGCUGCACAAGUGUGGACCACCCAGAGCGAGGAACUCAAUGUUAGAUAUUAUUAGGGUGCUACUUGUGUUAUCAUUAAUAUACUUAUUCUAUAUAUUGUAUUUUGAUUAUACACCGAAAUGACGCAAAUUUAUAUAAUGUGUAAAUCUUUUUAUAUUUUCAAAAAAGUAGUAAUUUUUUUUAUAUAUUUUUUGUUAAGAAAUAUAUUAUUAUAUUGGAAUUA